AUGAUCGCCAAGGAGGUGUGCAAUAUCUUCAUCGGGGUCUUCCCCAGACAGCUCCUGCGCAUGCCCCACGAAGCUAGCCGGCGCCUGAGCGAGAUCGAGCAGGAGCCGCAGGACGCCCUGCUGCUGGUCUUCGGGGCCAAUCUCCUCAACGAGAAGGACGCGCUCCAGUGCCUCGCCAGAAUCUCCAAGGGGUUGGCCCGGCGCCACCUGCCCUACUUCACCGUCCUGACCAAGGUGGACCUGCUGCCCGAGGGGACCACCGUCGAGGCCGCCAUCGAGAAGGUGGAGGAGGCAACGGGCACGAAUCGCGCCUUCAUCUUCCCCAUUGCCAACACGAUCAAGAACCGGAAGAAACUGCCGGCCCAGACCACCCUCCAGAUCCUGCGGCUCUACUCGGCCAUCCUGCGCAACACCAGGGGUCGGCUCAGAUCUGCUCCAUGGACUCGCAGUUUUGGAUAUGAGUGA